AAGUCCUCUCCAAUGAAUGGAGGGUGAGAGGGCCGAUUCACCGGUGGGGCCCCGCCGGGGAGGUAUUUCUAGCGCGGCACGCCGGGGGCUCCGCCGCACCCAUGACCCCCCGGAUAAGGUGCACCGUCCGCUUUCGGCGCGCCCGCAGCCUGCGCCGGGCCCGGGCGCUGGCCUGGCGCAUCCUCCGCGGUGUCGUCUGGGCUCUGGGGCGGCGCCGGCCGCCGCGGCUCGCCCUGCUGCUGGUCUUGCGGAGGCGGCGCCGCGGGAGCCCCCGGCCCAGGUGAUGAUGCUGGGCAGCCCGCGGGUGGCCGAGCUGCUGCUGCAGCGCGGAGCCGACCCCAACCGCCCCGACCCGCGCACCGGAUCCCUCCCGGCCCACGACGCGGCCCGCGCUGGCUUCCUGGAGACGCUGGCGGCGCUGCACCGCGCCGGGGCGCGCCUCGACCUGCCCGACGGCCGCGGCCGCCUCCCCCUCGACGUGGCGGCGGGGGGGCCGCACGGACCGGUGGGCCGCUACCUGCGCCACCCGCCGCCCGUCCCCGCCGCCGCACCGGGAGCCGGGACGGCCGCGGUGGCGGCUGCGCCCUGACCCAUCCCUCGCCCCAUCCCGCCCCGCCCGCUGUCCGCCGCUCGCCC